CAACAGGCGAUCCUCUCAAGAUUGUCACUUACCACACAUCCCCCGUUUGUACAGACAAAAACAGAAGAACAAGUAUAAUAAUUGGAGGGAGAGAAAAAUGGGCCGCUCUAUCUGCAUAAUUCUACUGUUGACAGUUUGUGCGCUCUGGACUUUUGGUGAGGCACGUUCCUGCGAUCAAUGUGGACGGGAAUGCAUGGAAAUUUGUGGAACUCGACAAUUUCGGGCCUGCUGUUUCAAUAAUCUAAGAAAGAGAGUUCCUGAUGUCGGAUUGAAACUCUGGCUCGAUUCACCGAGAAGAAUAGAAGGUUUUCAUCGGAUCUAAAAACACAUGGAGUACAUUUUACAUUCAAGUUGACAUUCUCAAACUUCUAGAUUCUGAAUUCGAAAUUCCUUAAACAAUAAAAUUAUUCAAAGAAUCAAUUUUAAGUACUGAUUUAUCAAAUGAAUUCAACAAGAAGAGAAAAUCCAAAAAAUCUUUGAACACGAAUUAAAAUUGAAAGAAUGCUCCCAAUGAAUUUUACCAACAUACAAUAUUAUAAUGUGCUCAUGAUAUAAA